AUGUUGUUUUACAUGUUGAUAAAAGACUUUUUUGAAUUAUUAAUGUUUUUGCAAAAAGUAUUUUAUUAUAAUGAAAGUUGCAAAUAUAAAGAUAAAGAAUUUCAUUCAAGAUAAUGCACAAAAGCAUAUGAUUCAUAAGAUGAUGAAGAUUUUGAUGCAAUCAAUUAUGAAACUAUUUCUAAUAAAUAAAAAGUAGGAUUAAUUAAUUUGGGUAAUACUUCUUUUAUGAAUUCAUCUUUAUAAAGUAUUUUUAGUUCAACACAUUUUUAAGAAUUCUUUUCAAAUAAAUAAUAUUGGACUUAAAAUACUAUUUAAAGAAAUGUUCCAUUAAAUUAUAAAUUAGAAAAACUUUUAAAAAAUCUUAAAUUAGUAAAUAGUUAUAGCGAUGAUGAAAGUAGAGAAGAAAAUGGAAAUUAAAAAACACAAUGGAUAAAAUUCCAUAAAAAUAUACAAUAAAAUGUAAAUUAAAUUCUUAACUUCAGUAAAUUGAUAGUGAUAAUUAUGAAUAAGCUGUUGAAUAAUAAUAUAAUAAUAAAUACAAAAAACAAAUAGUUAACUCAUUCUUAAGAAUUACUUAGGAAUUACUAAAUCUGAAAUUGAAUGUCCAAUCUGUCAAUAAAAAACAUAAAGCUAUGAAUCCUUUAUAAAUUGCCACUUUUUUUAAAUGCUACUACCUCUUAAUCAUAAAAUUAAAUAGAUGUAUUUGUUAUAUCAAAUGAGUGGUAUCAACCAUAUAAAAAAAUUGUUUAUGAAUAUCAACUGAAUUCAACUUAGUUAUUAGAAGUGAAAAGAGAUAUAGGAGAAUAGUUAGGCAUUGAACCAACAACUUUAUUAGGAGUAUUUUGUCUUAAUAACAAAAUAGAUAUGUAAUUUAGAAUGUAUAUAUUUCAUGAUGAGGAUCUUCUUUAGAAAAUCCUUAAUUAUAAUUAAAAUAGUUAUUUUUGUUUAUUUUAAUUAGAUCAGACCAUUACUUCAAUAACUGAUGAAGAUUAAUAUUUUGAUGUGAUGAUCUAUUCAUAUGAAAAAAGUAAUGCUUUCUCCAAUCAAUGUUAAAACAUAAGUGCAACCAUUCCAAAGAUUUUGAUAAUCAAGAAAUAGUUUACUUCAACUCAAAUAUAUCAAUUAAUUUGGAAUAAACUUGGAAAAUAUUCCAAAUCUGAAUAAUUAAUAGAUAUCUAAAUAGAUAAACCUUAAUUAGAAAAUCUAUUAAAUUAAUAACAAGUCUAAGAAAUUUUGAAUUAUUAGAUUUUCAUUCAAACUAGAUUUACCAUCUAAAAAAUUUUGUCCAUUUACAUGUGGCUAAUCAUUUAACAAAGAUUAAAAAUCUCAUUAUUGCUAAUUACCUUACAAUAAUUCAACUACUUUAAAAGACUAUUUGCAUAAAAUAAAUUAUGCCAAUGCCAGUACUUCAAUAUCAAUAGAAUUUAUGGAACAUGCCAUUCCAAAGUCUUUAAGAAUAGAAUUUGA